AUGACCUCGGUUGCCAAGCCCGCCGGUUCGCCUGUCGACACGAUGGAACAGCAAAUCGUCGAUGGCGAGAUCGACACGACCGAAUCCUCCGCUCGGUAUCUCGGUACGCUUGUUCGGGAUCUGGGUCGAUUAUCUCGACGUAUGCUUACAGACGAGUGCUCAUUCCCACCAUCUCGCACGACGUGCACCCGUAGCUUACCUCGCACGCAUUCGGCCCGUGCUCCAACCCAUGACUCGCUAUCUCGCCGUAGGUCGUCGGUCCCGUCGCAUGCAGCUUUUGUCAGCUUCGCCGCAGAAGCAGGCGUGGUGAACCAUCGUAGCACUAAUUGGAUCGUCCAUCCCGGGAUUCGCGCAGUACACUUCCGAUGUAGGCGAAAGCGUACGACCGAUUGUCAAUCCGAAAAUGGUCACCGGCGCGUACGGCGUGUCGUGGGCGUACCUCGUUGGAGAUGUGGCUUACGAGGGCUACAAGGCGCGGCGUGGGUUUGACUUACCGUAAUCCGGAUGUUUUCAAGGGCCAGUAUGCUAAGGGAAGCUUCAUUUGUCCCACAUGCGAAACUUGCGCUCCGCCAGUCCGCGCAAACGAGCACUGCCCCGAAGCUGUGUCGACAGUCGUUGGGUUGAAUGUCGCCAAACGAGCCAUUUUUCAAAGGUGUGUGCGCGCAUGCCUUUGGUGCUUUAGGCCAAUUCCCGAAACCAUGACCUAGAGGGAAUCACGCCCUGUUCAUUACCUGGCCCAACGUUGACCCGAGAUCUGGACCUCGUUUUCAUAGUGUCGCUUCAAUGCUUUUCCCUUCCCUCACCAUCCAUGCCAUCGUACGAUAUACUGCAAUAGCGGUCAAGAAAGCCAACGUGAAGAGAAUCGCCGUCCGUCGGUGGCUUCCAUCAGCUUUGGGUACGUCGCAUCUUCCACAACCAUGCCCGGGCUCCGGGGUGUUUCGCUAAGCGGCGCUCUCGGCGUGCAGGGCUCGGGUUCAUCCCUGCGCUCCCAUUCAUUUUCGACGAGCCGGUCGAACACGUUGUCGAGGCGGGCUUUGAUCGCCUCGAGGCCAGAUUGUAUCCCGACGCAAACAGCGGCGUGCGAAGGGCGUUGAAGAGUAUCGAAGAGCACGAGAAACACGCCAAGCCAAAGCAAGUCGUUAUCGCAGGACCCGAGGCCAAGGUCGUCUAG